CAUGAUCAUUGUAAGAGAUAUAUUGUCCUUGCUUUGGGAGGUUUGGGGGUGCAUCGUACCAUCGGUACUGAGACUGAUCGUGAAACCGGCUGAAAAAAAUGUGCAAAACGAGAUUUGUCUGAUUACCGGCGCAGCUGGUCGGCAAGGGAAACAUUUUGCACUUGAGUUUGCGAAAAAAGGAGCGACUCUUGUAUUAUGGGACGUUGAUGCAGAAGGAAAUGAAAAUACCGCCCAAGCAGCGAGAAAAUUGGGGGUGCGUGUGCAUGCGUAUAUUUGCGACGUUAGCAAGAGACAGCAAGUCUACCAAGUGGCUGAAAGAGUUAAACAAGAGGUGGGCGACGUGACGAUCUUGAUUAACAACGCCAGGGUGGUGACAGGGGGAUCUUUCCUGAGAUGUGAUGAUGACGUUCUGGAGAAAGCUAUGACGACAAACUGUCACAGCAAUUUCUGGGUAGGAGACGUUUUUAUUAGGAUCGGAUGGAGAACAUACAGAGAGCUAAUCUUACCUACCGGUAAUCUGCAAAUUGGGAGAAAUUCAAAGUGGAUUUCAAUUUCAGGCCAAAUAACAAACGGCAAAAAUGCUCCAAGUCAGCUCUGCUUUUACCUCGGGUAAUUUGGCCUAAAAUCUGAAAUUUCACCUCGUAUUUUUAUUUUUGAGGUUUUAUUCACCAAACAGGCAAUUGUGUAUAAAAGGGAAUUACAAUUUGAAGCCAAAAUAGCCAAAUUGCAAUUAUUUUUCAAAGUGAUUUUUUUUUUUUUACCAAAGAUGUAGAUUACAAUUUAGUGAAUAAUCCCCAUUUGUUGAUCAUAUAUCUCCAGUCUCUGUAUAAUCACUAACACACUGAUUGUGUGCAUGGUAUAGUAUAAUCACUAACACACUGAUUGUGUGCACGGUAUAGUAUAUUCACUAACACACUGAUUGUGUGCAUGGCAUAGUAUAAUCACUAACACACUGAUUGUGUGCACGGUAUAGUAUAAUCACUAACACACUGAUUGUGUGCACGGUAUAGUAUAAUCACUAACACACUGAUUGUGUGCACGGUAUAGUAUAUUCACUAACACACUGAUUGUGUGCAUGGCAUAGUAUAAUCACUAACACACUGAUUGUGUGCACGGUAUAGUAUAAUCACUAACACACUGAUUGUGUGCACGGUAUAGUAUAAUCACUAACACUCUGAUUGUGUGCACGGUAUAGUAUAAUCACUAACACUCUGAUAGUGUGCAUGGUAUAGUAUAAUCACUAACACACUGAUUGUGUGCACGGUAUAGUAUAAUCACUAACACACUGAUUGUGUGCAUGGUAUAGUAUAAUCACUAACACACUGAUUGUGUGCACGGUAUAGUAUAUUCACUAACACACUGAUUGUGUGCAUGGUAUAGUAUAAUCACUAACACACUGAUUGUGUGCACGGUAUAGUAUAAUCACUAACACUCUGAUUGUGUGCAUGGUAUAGUAUAAUCACUAACACACUGAUUGUGUGCACGGUAUAGUAUAAUCACUAACACACUGAUUGUGUGCACGGUAUAGUAUAAUCACUAACACACUGAUUGUGUGCACGGUAUAGUAUAAUCACUAACACACUGAUUGUGUGCACGGUAUAGUAUAAUCACUAACACACUGAUUGUGUGCACAGUGUAGUAUAAUCACUAACACUCUGAUUGUGUGCACGGUAUAGUAUAAUCACUAACACUCUGAUUGUGUGCACGGUAUAGUAUAAUCACUAACACACUGAUUGUGUGCACGGUAUAGUAUAAUCACUAACACACUGAUUGUGUGCACGGUAUAGUAUAAUCACUAACACACUGAUUGUGUGCACAGUAUAGUAUAAUCACUAACACUCUGAUUGUGUGCACGGUAUAGUAUAAUCACUAACACACUGAUUGUGUGCACGGUAUAGUAUAAUCACUAACACAAUGAUUGUGUGCACGGUAUAGUAUAAUCACUAACACACUGAUUGUGUGCAUGGUAUAGUAUAAUCACUAACACUCUGAUUGUGUGCAUGGUAUAGUAUAAUCACUAACACACUGAUUGUGUGUAUGGUAUAGUAUAAUUUGUGCACGGUAUAGUAUAAUCACUAACACACUGAUUGUGUGCACGGUAUAGUAUAAUCACUAACACACUGAUUGUGUGCAUGGUAUAGUAUAAUCACUAACACUCUGAUUGUGUGCAUGGUAUAGUAUAAUCACUAACACACUGAUUGUGUGUAUGGUAUAGUAUAAUCACUAACACACUGAUUGUGUGCACGGUAUAGUAUAAUCACUAACACACUUAUUGUGUGGAUGGUAUAGUAUAAUCACUAACACACUGAUUGUGUGGAUGGUAUAGUAUAAUCACUAACACACUGAUUGUGUGCACAGUGUAGUAUAAUCACUAACACUCUGUGUGGAUGGUAUAGUAUAAUCACUAACACACUGAUUGUGUGCACAGUGUACUAUAAUCACUAACACUCUGAUUGUGUGCAUGGUAUAGUAUAAUUUGUGCAUGGUAUAGUAUAAUUCGUUCAUGGUAUAGUAUAAUUCGUGCAUGAUAUAGUAUAAUUUGUCUUAGCUGAACAGAUCUUCCUUAGAUCGAAAAUAGUCUAUGAAGUGCUCUCUCUAUUCCAUAUUGAAGAAGCCUUGCAGGCGAAACGCGUUUGUGGAUAUUUUAUACUGUAUAUUUUAUUCAGUAAAGAUUUUUUGGUCACCUUUUAUUGUGCCAAUCAUCUUUUAAUACACUUUAUAUUUAUUUUUUGAAAUUUUUUUUUUAAAUUCUUUAUUUUAUUUGUGCAUGUGAUUAACAGACAUAUUUGCUAUGCCACAACAGCAGGAGCAAACUGAUCGAUAUACAUAGCAAGACAUCCCUAUGGCAUUGGUAUCGUUGCACAUUUUUAGAUUAGAGUAAGUAGUUAGGAGAGACAAAUCAGGCAUGACACUUAGUAAAGAAGUUAAGUAGUUAUGAGUGAAACUGGGCUUACUUGCCAUGACAGUACCUAUUGGCACUGCCACUUUGCUAUCUGCACCCAACAAGGAUUAAGUGGACAUAUACAUAUACAGCACUAUGCAUGGGUUCGACACAUAGAAUUACUAUAUGAGCCUGCUGGGACCAAUGUUAUAAGAGGUGUGUUUUGCAAGGCAGAGAGGAGCUUAGCUAGGACAACAAGCAAAAAAGGAAAACUUAAGUGAUUCUUGCAAGGUGGAAUUAAGUUGUACCAUUUAGCUACUGGAUCUUAUAAAGUCCUGAAUGCUCAAGAUUAUGGCAGAGUUCUUGGAGUCUUUGCAUAUGGUGAGCUGCAUCACAAUCAUGUAACACAUUCAAAUUAGACAAUAGAGGACCUACGUGGGUUUGUUUAAUCAAUACCCAGUGCUGGCAGUGUGCUUGCUCUGAAGGUUGCUUGUCCGUCUGGGAAAGGGUGCACCUUGAGGUGGUAAGUGGUGUGCUGUGUCGCACAGGAGAAGCGUGGAUGCAGUUGCAGCUACUGUAGUUGCCUCCAGGGGGGAUAGGGUGGGCCUCAGGAGAGUGACUGUGCUUUCCUCAGGCACAAAGGAGUUUUUCCACCAAAUAUAUAUGCUGCAAACAUCACCUUGUUUAGCCCAGUGUAGUGAGCCGACACAUCCCUGGAGAUGAUUACUGUGGUGGUCAGAUGGCGCUGGAUGGUUUCGUCUGUGUGCAAGUUCCAUCCUGUGGGUAGUUCGCACUUGUGGCUGGCAUGCGGCGGCCAUCUUGGGAGGGUGCUGUCGGUGAGUGUUUCCCAGCAGGGUGAUUGUUUUCUGCCCAGCUUGGCGUAAUAGCAGUUGAUUAUGUAGACCGGGAUGACCCCCCCGGUCCAGAGGGGGGGGGGGAGGCCGGCCGUCUCAUUCCGGCUCAAGCUCCAGCACGCCUCGGGCCUUUUUCGGGUUACUGUAGGCGCCGGACAGGAUCUUGAGGGGUUUCUCCUCGUACCCCAGGAUCUGGGGCUCAGUUUAGUCUCCGUUGAGGGUUGCUGGAAAGAUUUUGCCUCCAGUUUGCGCCGAUUUUCCGGCCCCAAAGCGGGAGCUCAGACAGAGCACGUCUGAUCCCGUCGGCGGUCCGGCCCCGCCCCCUAUUUUUUGAAAUUUUUAAUGUGCACAGAAAUAGUAUAAACAGGCUUAAGGUGCCCCGAUAGCAGUCCUCAGGCGUAUCUCCUCGCUUAACAUGCGGGACAUUUAGGGAACAGGCACAGUUUUAUAUUAUGAACAUGCUAGGCCAAUAAUAUCAUUAAGCAUCAGCAUUAAAAUGGAGUGUAAUGGACAUUGUUCCUGACCAAGCACUUUAUAGACUGUUUUCAAUCUAAGGAAGAUCUGUUCAGCUAAGACCUUUUAUUUUGGAUUACCUCCAUAUAUCAUUGUUAUAUAUUUUAUUGGUCUAUUUGGAGCAGCCCUUAUCUUUGUUUUUAUUAUUGUUGUACUCUAAGGGUUCUUGAUUAAAGGGUUCUUCAUUAAAGGGUCGCUGCCCCAUUUUGUUAUUAAGCGCUUACUCUCUCUCUUUAUUUUAUAGUAUAAUUUGUGCAUGAUAUAGUAUAAUUCGUUCAUGGUAUAUUAUAAUUUGUGCAUGACGUACGUUCAUUAUAUAGUAUAUUUUGUGCAUGAUAUAGUAUAAUUUGUUCUUGGUAUAGUAUAAUUCGUGCAUGGUAUAGUAUAUGUGUAUGGUAUAGUAUAAUUUGUGCAUGGUAUAGUAUAUGUGUAUGGUAUAGUAUAAUUUGUGCAUGGUAUAGUAUAUGUGUAUGGUAUAGUAUAAUUUGUGCAUGGUAUAGUGCUAUUCACUAAGACACUGAUUUCCCUGCAGACUGUAAAGGCUUUCCUCCCUAGGAUGAUCACAAUGAACAAGGGGCACAUUGUUACAGUAGCCAGCUACCUGGGUCUUGUGGCAGCAGCGAACAUGGAGGUUAGUAUAAUCGCCUGAUUAGAGGUUAGUGUGAUCGCCUGAUUUCCUGAGAGUGAAGGGUUAGAUGCUGUGGUUUUUAAUCCAUUGACAAAUAGCCCCCUUUAAUACCAGGUUUGUCAAGAAAUUAUUUAAAGCAACUCUGUCACCUUCGGGGGUCCUUGUGUGUUUUACACACCCUACGGUGUAGCUAUGAGUUAUACUUACCUGAUGUUGUCCCUGCGGGCACUGCCAUCUUCCUACUUCAGCUCCUGGUGCUACAGUAAAAACCAAAGAAAAAGUUACCUGCGCGCUCUCCUAAAUCCCUAUGUGUAUUUAAACAAAUGGAGGUCAUUUAAUUACUCCAAUGGCCACUGGAGGGAAUACCCGCCUGCCAACAUCAAGGCAGCCCCCCUACACUGGCCCUACACUAACCUUUCACCUUGCUUCCUUGAGCUUCUGGCAAAGAUAUCUCUACUAAGACAGAAAGAGGUAUUUUUUUAUAUACACCCCAAUAUAACUUAUUAACCCUUAAUAGGGAACAGGGAUGGGUGGCAACAUUGUAACAAGGCUGUGUGAUACAAAAAGGGAAUAUAAAUACAAAAUGAUAAGUCCUGCGCUCACUCCCAUUACUCCUGGGCGGCAGCAACGAUCACAGUACACAUCAGCUCCAAUACAUACAGUAAAAAACAAAGUCCUGGUGCAACGUCCGUCAGGAGCCCACAUCAGUGCUGUAAUUUCUCAUGCGCAACAAUGUCGUCUGUGGAGAAUCCUGCAGGAACAGCUAUAGAUAUCUUGCAGUGAGCGCGAUAAUGCCUUAUUUCCGAGUCGUCACUAGCAACUACUACAGGAAGAAAAAAACAAAAAACUUUGCAGUAAUAACUUUGCCUUUAUUAAUCCCGGAGUGGUGGGAUACGUCCAGGCCCGUCCUACAGGAUGCACGAUUAACUAACGUGCGAGUUCAUGUUUGUUAGACAGAUUCUACCGUCACAUUAUCUUGGAUUUUGUACUAAAGACGUUGCCUUCAUGGCAGAAUAUACAGAGGGCAUGUGUUGCUGAUCAUUUUAUUUCUCAAAAUAAUGAUAGGUACACCUUAGAGACCGUCUCAGCUAGUCGUGGCGCUCAUAAUGCACAUCAUGGAAUUUCCUGAUUCAGCAGAAGACGGCGCUGUUGCACAGGGAAUAAAAGUUCACUUUUAUCGGACCAGGUAUCAUCUGAUUGGUCAGCCUGGCCUGUGACUUUGUUGAGUGCAGAUUUGGCAUUCCGGUCUUACUUUGAGUUGACACCAUUGUAUACACUCUCUGUCCAAGAACUAUUGUAUCAAAACAUUGUCAGGCAGGCCCGCUGAAUCCAUCGGCCGAGCCCCAUUGUUUAGAGAAUGUUUCUGUUUGUUUUGUUGACUGACCCAGCUCGAUCAAAAUACAAGAAAACGUGUCCAUUAAGUCACGAUGCUGAACAAUGAAUAUCACUGGCAGGUUUUACAAUUUGUAUUUGAUAACAUAUUCCAAGACCAAAAAACAAAACAAAAAAACCACAAACAUAACUUAGGUCACAAAUAAAAUACUGGAAAUAAAUAUACUAUCACUUUUUAAAUAUUGUAUAUUUUGGUUUCAUAUCUGCAAUUCUGUUGCCAUUUCAUCAGAAACCACAAUUUAAUAAAUAAACCCAAAGUCUUACAAACAGCAGUUAACUUGCACUUAUUUUCUCCAAAGAGAUUUAACAAAGUGCAGUGAUCUGAAAAGUAAAGCAUAGUUUUAUAAGUGGAUAAAUUGUCAUGGAUACUAAUGGACUUAAGAGAAACGUUUACAUAUUGUGAAACAGAACACUGUGAUAAAUCUCUCCAGUAUUUGGCUGCCCCUAAUAGGUUGGGUGGAUUGGUUAUAAAAUCCUUAGCACAUUGCACUCUAUACACCUGUCUUUCGCCCCAAAGUGUGCCAAACGAGUAAUUAGGAUUGUAUGUCGUUAUCAUCAUGCACACUCAUUUUGUAUUCCUUAUGGAAAAGAAAAAACGUGCAAAGUAACUUUUAAUGGUGUAGGUACGAUACGGUCUUUAGUCGACAACAGACGGAAUAAUUGAAAAAAAACCCUAAAUAUAUUGCACCGAACAUCACCACAUUUGCAGUUUGACUACCAGCACUAUGUAUUACCGUAUAUAAAACAGUUUUCUAACACCCCACAUAUAGACCUGAAAUAUUACUCUGCAAACUUUUAAAUCCAUCACUACAUGGGCUCAUUAAUACAUUCCACUUGCCGCUGAUUUCCUAUCAAAGGGCUCUCCAUUUACUAUUUGAUACACAUAAUCUGUUCCUUGCCCAGGCUCUACUAACCAUCAUUGGCAAUGACCUCAGUCAAGGAUUACUAAGCCAAUUCUCCAUGCAGACCAACUCACGUAGUAUGCCCAUCAGAACAAGGGGAUGCCAAAAUCCUGAAUGUUGGCAUGCAUUUGCCAGAUCUUUAUCACCAACUCAAGUCUCCCUCAGUGAAUGGAAGCAGUGCUAUUUAAACAGACAAUGAAUGUCUUCUAAGACUUUUUUUUGUCCUUUUAAAGGGGUACUGUGCUAGCCAAUUUGCCUCUGUUGGGUUUCAUGAAGCUCUCAGCCAUCUGUUGAAGUCCAGAAGCAUAGACAAUGUAAAGACAACUCUUGUAUGCCCGUAUAAAAGCAACUCAGGAUCAUUUAGUGGGAUCAGAAUUCGGUAAGUGUACCAAUUUUUACUUAUUUUAUAAUGGGGGAUAGGAGAUGUCAAGAAUGGUGCCAGUUAAAAAAAAAAUUAAUUUCUCCCAGACAUCUUUGUGUUUUCCAAAACAUGUAACGUAAAGUGAUAUUACUUUGGCAGCUGUAAAUCUAACACUUGUACGCUGUAUGCUCAUUUCUUACUAGACAAGAUAUCGAACUCCUGGUUUCAUCAAUGUGCACAGAACAUGGUGUGAAAAAAGCGGUUACCGGCGUCGUGACUGAUCAGCACACAGUAUUCAUGCCCAGACUGCUUUACAUCGUGGCCAUCCUCAAGCAGUUAAGUAUAUAUUUCUUUAAGUUUAAUGAUACAAUAGUUUGUGCUGAUCUCUGCAGAAUACACAGUAGAUGCCUUCAUACCAUUAGGAGACCAAACACAUUCUGAAUUCUGGACACUACGCAGGGUUACCUGGGGCACUCCAUAUCCUUUGCUGCUUUGCCAGCACUAUAUAUGUCAGAGCAUUUUGGGAGAUGUAGCCCAUAACAUCUGGAGUGUCAUAGGUUGCCUGCUCCAGCACAUCCAGUAAACACCAACUGCAGGAGUUAGAAUAUACAUUGCAACAUUCAGGAUAAAAAAAGCCAAGCUGUGAUAAUGUGUGAUUGCAAUUCGAUUCACUACAAAUCAACGUCUAAUGAGUAGAAGUGAUUGAGGUAAGUCCGGCUGUAAACGCAGGCGCCAGCGCUGUACGGUCAUCUAAAUUACAGCAUUUAAGGAAACUUAAAGGGAUUUUUUUUUCUUUCUUUUUUCAGUGUUGUGCCAUGGGAAGUCCAGCUACUAUUUCACAAGUUUCUGGUUACAAAUGUAAGUAUUUGUUCAUGGGGGAAAAAAACUAAACAAAUCAUAGAAGUAGUGAAUUAAAAAAACUACUGAAUAAAUACGAAAAACUGUUCUUUCAUAGGUCUCAUGAUAAAACAAAAAAGCCUACAGAUUUAGAGGUUUUCUUAUAAUAAACACAAUUCCAGCCAGUUUUAUUUUCUAAUUCUGGAUUUGUCAGGUUUAAUAACAUACAUUAGUGAUCAGCUCAUAUUUACACUGCCACCAUGUACAAGUCUUUGGUAACACGUGUGACAUUCCCCCUCUACCUACGUUUCUGUGUAAUUACUUCCACGAAGUGAAAUAAGAAUUCUACUUUAAUUUUCACAUUUAGAUUUGCAAAACAAUUUUAGAUUUUCACCACUAAGAAAAGCUUGGAUUGUCUAUGUUAAGAGUGAGUAGAUUCUAUAACGUGACAAAGGAACUUAAAUGGGCAUUGGAAGCAUCAGAACAGCCCACAGUAGUGAUUAUAGUACCAGGAGUCCCCUUGCAUCAGGUCACAUUGUGAUACUUACCUGGGCCCCCCAGUCACUCAGUCUUCAUGUUCUUAUUGUACGUUAGCAGCGCUGUGAUGCUCUCAGCCAGUGAAUGCUUGGUCAAAUUGUGCAAGCGUGUUAUGGAGGAGGGGGAGCCUGAGAGGCCUGGGACUCGCAAACCUUUAUAUACCUCCCAGUUAGACGAUAAAGCACAGAGAGAAAGCGGAGAUUAGAAUUGGUGUGCUAUAUUCUAGUCAACCUCUGUGGUCACAACAAAAUUGAAAGGGAAAUAUAUUGUCACACUUUAGGUGUUUGCUGUUCCAGCAACCUGUACCAUCCCACGUCGGGAUCUGGCUUUGGUAAAGAAGGACAAUAAGGUGUUCAGCUAUGGUUUACCCUCAAUCCUUCAUAUGUGUUCAGUGAGUCUGUUUUAUUACUUUCAAUUACAAGUAAAGGAGAAACGGAUAUUCCUUAUUGGUUGGUGGAAUACGUGACCUUGCCAUUAAUUUAAACCCAUCAACCUCUCAGAACCGUUUUGUUUGCAGAGUGAAAGAACUUCGGAUAAGAUGGAAGCCGGAUCAAGGAUGAGUUCCUCCAAAUGAAACCAACAAAUGCCUCUCAAGACUCAAAUUCAGUGUACCAGACCCCAAGAAACAAUUAACCUUGAUAACGUCAUCUCAGGCAGGUCUCUGAAGCAACCUCACCAAAGCAAGACUACACAGAGACACACUGUUUUAUCUUAAUACACAGAUUUCUUGUGUAUAAAAACAAAAAAUGUAGCAGUAUUUUAACACUGCAGAGAGGACACUCAAAUAUAUCAAGAUCCUUUCAAAUAACAGCUAAUUCAGGACAUUUCAUCCAAUUAAUUCACCUUACAUAUUAAAGUGUUUUGAAAGUA